AUGAACAAGUACGUGAUUUUCGCUGUGUGUGCUUUUGCACUCGUAAAUGCCGCUCCAAGCGACAAAAAAGAUUCAUCAGAUGAAGAAGAGAACUUGAAAGAACUUGCACAAGCCUUCCAAGAAAAAUUCAACAGCACCCUGUUCGUCGACAUCAUCAAAAUGGCAGAACAAGCCAAAACAAAAUGCCCAGACAUCGAAAACAAAAUUGAAUCUGUGGUAGAACAAGUUGGAGAAUGUGUAGAAGACAUCGACCUAGGAUCUGACACCUUCUGCUCUCUUAUCAAGAAAAACUUUGCCAAAUGUUCCAAACCAGCUCGUGAUUUAAUCACAUCUUGCUUGCCUGAAGAAUCCAAGGGGCUUCCAGGUCUUGGCGAGAAAAUUAUAUUGGCUAUUAUCGAAAAUGCCUGCAGCUCAACUGUAGAAGAAAUCUUAGAAUUGUUCAACCCAUGCGCCUUAGAGAAAGACCCCGAAUCUUUUGAUUCCUGCAAAGCUAUCAAGACCACCAUUGAUCAACAAAGUAACAAGCUUCCAUCUAAGUCACUUGUUUGUUCAACUCUACCCAAAAUGAGAGGAUGUGCUAAAGAUAUCUUGGACGCAUCUUGUAAAAACCAAAUCACCAGAAAUUCAGUUAACAAAUUUUACAAUGCUGUAGACGCAGCUGUAAAGGACGAAUGUGCUGAACUUAACAAAGCUUAG